AUGAACCAAUGGAAACACAUUUUACCUGGGCCAUCAGCUUCUGGUGGCGCUCUAAAACAGGGUCAGCUUGUUGGAGUCCUCUAUCAACGUGCUAAAGACCUUGGGGUCGAGAUCCUCCUCGACUGCCGUAUUACUCGCUUCGAGGACACUGAUACAAACGUCAACAUCUGGACCGGUCCGGACUCUGCUAUAACCAAUGGCAUCAAUAAUCACUCGAGUGCCAGCCACGAGACUGCUUAUGUAGCCGAGCAUCAGAUUGGGGCAGAUGGUGGCCGCAGUUUCGUCCGCCGUCACGCUGGCUUCAUUAUGGAGGGCAAUGAAGCGACUUGGAUUGGCCAUAUGGCUGACUGUAACCUGUCCGCGCGGUCGAAGGAGCUUCUGCCGCCUAGUUGUGCACCGUACGAAUGA